AUGGCCAAUCGAGGAGGAGCGACAAGACCCAUUGGACCAAGUGCAGGGAACAAAAUCUGUCAGUUUAAGCUGGUGCUUCUGGGUGAGUCAGCGGUCGGAAAGUCAAGCCUGGUACUUCGCUUUGUCAAAGGGCAGUUUCAUGAAUUCCAGGAGAGCACAAUAGGAGCUGCCUUUCUCACCCAGACGGUGUGUCUAGACGACACAACAGUCAAGUUUGAGAUUUGGGAUACUGCAGGCCAGGAGCGUUACCACAGUUUGGCCCCUAUGUAUUACAGAGGUGCACAAGCAGCCAUAGUCGUCUAUGACAUCACAAAUGAGGAAUCUUUUGCUCGAGCAAAGAAUUGGGUAAAAGAGCUGCAAAGACAAGCUAGUCCUAAUAUUGUCAUUGCAUUGUCGGGCAACAAGGCAGAUCUGGCCAAUAAAAGAGCUGUGGACUUCCAGGAUGCACAGUCGUAUGCAGAUGACAACAGCUUACUAUUUAUGGAGACAUCAGCCAAGACCUCUAUGAAUGUGAAUGAGAUAUUUAUGGCUAUUGCAAAAAGAUUACCGAAGAGUGAACCUCAGGCUGCUGGAACUAACACUGGACGUAACCGAGGAGUGGACCUAACGGAGGCUGCACAACCUGCCAAGGCUCCAUGCUGCAGUAACUAA